AUGAGUAAAGUGAAACAGACAUAUGCGCCACUUCCAACCGUUACACGUGGUCGUCCAAUUCAUAUUGGCUACAUGUCCAAUGCAAAGAUUGGGACCAACAUUGUUUACCCCAACAGAAAGACCAUAGUCAUUAGAGACUUGAACAACGCUCUUAACACUGACCUUUACUUCGAACACCCAAUAGAAACAACAUGCGCUAAGUACUCUCCAAGUGGUUACUACAUUUGUUCUGGUGAUAUGCAAGGUAAUGUGAGAAUAUGGGACACUACACAGAAGGAACAUCCUCUUAAAUUAACUAUUAGAGCACUUUCUGGACCAAUUUAUGACAUUGCUUGGACUGGUGAUAGUCAGAGAAUAUGUGUAGUUGGUGAAGGAAAAGAAAAGCUCGGGUAUGUCUUUAUGUGGGAUGCCGGAUCAUCUGUUGGUGAGAUCUCGGGACAAACCAAAACACUGUUGUCGUGUGACUUCAAGUUGUCGAGACCAUUCAGAUUAAUCACCUCUGGCGAAGACGAGUUCCCAUGUUGGUUCGAGGGACCACCCUUCAAAUUCAAAAAAUCAAUGAGAGACAUCCACACCAGAUUCAUUAACUGCGCUCGCUUCUCCCCAGAUGGAGCCUUCUGUGUCUGUGUUUCUUCUGAUAAAAUUGUUUCUGUUUUUGAUGGAAAGACUGGUGACUUCAUCUACAAAAAGACUGAGCACAAGGCUGGUGUCUAUAACAUCUCAUGGUCAGAAGAUUCUAAGACUUUCAUUACUUCUUCUGCUGAUAAGAGCUGCAUUUUGUGGAAUGCUGCUGACGGAGCUGUCUUGAAACGAUUUGCACUUGGAACAGCUGUUGAAGACCAACAACUUGGUGUCGUCUUCACAAAGUUUGGUCCAAUUAGCACUUCACUGAGUGGGGCUAUGAAUCUUCUUGACGUUGAAGGAGGACAAAUUAAGGAAGUUAUUGAAGGACAUGCCAAUCCAGUCACCUCGCUUGCUGAUGCUGGUGAGUACUUAUACUCUGCUUCGUCCGAUGGACACGUUGUGAGAUGGGAAAAGGCAAAUGGAAAGGCUGUUGCAUUUAAGGGAAAGGGGCAUCCAUCUAGGGUUAGUGAUGUAGUGAUUUGUGGAGAUAAAAUCGCGACUCUUGGUGCUGAUGAUACUGUCAGAUUCACUGACAAAAAUACUUUACAAUAUGGCGACAGUAUUGCCACUGAAGCUCCAUGCAAUGAAGGUGUCUUCUUAAACAAUUUGUUAUAUGUUGCUACUAACAAGGGUAUUAAGGUGAUGAAUUUCACAAGUGUUGUUCAGACAAUUGUUAUUCCAGACGGUGCCCAAUCCAUUUGCUUGAACCAUAAUAACACACUUUUGGCUGCGGGUUGCAAGAAAGGGAAUAUCAAAUUCUUCACUAUUGGAGCUAAUGGCCAAUUGACUGAGAAGAGCGAAUUGACUGAAGAAGUUAAUGGCGUUGUCCAAUGCGUCAAAUUCUCAAGUGACGGAAAGUACUUUGUCCACACCGAUGAUAGCAGAACUGUCAUGUUGAGAAACGCCGAAACAUAUGAGGUGUUGUACCACAGAUGGGUCCCACACAACUCUAAGGUCCUCGAAAUUGCAUUCAAUAAGGAGAAUACUUUCAUCGCAACUGCUUCUAUGGACGGAUACAGUUUCGUCCUUGAAAUCGAAACUAAGAAUAUCGUACCACUCGGAAGAGUACAUCCAUUCGGUUGCAACGCAGUAAUGAUUGAGGAGAGUGGCAGAAUAUUCACAGCUGGAAACGACUGUGCCAUUAAGGUCUCUGAACUCUAA